CAUUUACCCGAUCCAUUAAUGUCAUUGAUUGGAAGUAUAUUUUUUUGGACUGGGUCUGGGCACUCCCCAUACCCCGAAAGGGAAAAAUUCUAAACAUGGCCAGAAAACCACCGCCCAUACCGAAAACCCACGAAAGGACACCAGGCCCCAGGGGUCAGGACACCAAGGCCAACAACGAUCUCUUCUUGAAGGAGGUCUUCAAUACUACCAACAAGUUCCGGGGAAUGCACGGAUGCCCUGCUCUGACAAUUAAUAACGAAUUGAAUAAACUUGCCCAGGAGUGGGCCAAUCACCUUCGUGAUAAGAACGCCAUGGAACAUCGACCGAAUCCCAAGUUCGGGGAAAACAUUUUCCUCUCCGGCGGCAUGGACGUCACUGGUGAUCUGCCCGUGGAAAUGUGGUAUCGGGAAAUCAAUAGCUACGAUUUCCAAAAGGCACAGUUUGCCCCAACCGCAGGACACUUUACUCAGCUGAUCUGGAAGGGAUGUAAAGAAAUGGGUUCAGGUGUGGCGCGAAGGGCGGAUAGAACUUGGGUGGUUUGCAACUACAAUCCACCUGGAAACGUGGUCGGUCAAUUCAAGGAAAAUGUGCCACCAAAGAAAUAAACUAAAUUCCGGUUAAAA